AAGUAUGGAAAUCCAUACGUAUCCGCGCUAAUUAAUACUUGCAACCUCGUUCAUCACUGACUCAUUCAACACUCAUCCUGGAUAACACGGCACGCUUAAUUGUAAACCAUGUUAUGUUUAUCAAGGACUGAUAUGUGAAAAUACAGGUCAGGGAUCAGUCGAAGAUUCUGCUUGCACCGCAAAAAAAUAAUAAAAUAAACCAACCUUCCCCUCCAGCAACCAUCCCGCUGAUGCUCAGCUACCCAGAAUGCACUGAUUAUCACUUGUGUUUACAUGACCGUGUUGUGAGGCUGUGUAUUUUUUAAUACGGAUUUAUAUACAGGAACCUAUGAACAUGGGACCAACGAAGAGAAACAAUACGAAAGCACCCGAUCUGAACAAACGACGUAGACGAGUGUAUUCUUUACAGGAAAAAGUGGAGAUGAUCAAGAAAAUAUAUGACGGGGCAAGCUUCGCUGGUGUGGGCCGCGAGUUUGGUGUUAAUGAAUCCACCAUUCGUUCCAUUUACAAAGUGCGUGGAGAUAUAAUGAAUGCAUUCACGGAUGCUGCCCCUAGAUCAGUGAAUCGAAUAGUCAGAGUACAUAAAGAUGCUUUUAUUCAGCCCAUGGAAAAGGGGGUUUAUUUGUGGAUGCAGGACUGUUACAGUAAGCGGCUUCCUGUGUCAACAAAACGUAUCCAGAAUCGUGCUAAGCAAAUAUAUAAGAGCUUGGUUGAGCUUAGUGAUGUUGUUGAUAAGGACAAAUAUACUUUUCAGGGUAGCCGUGGGUGGGUACAGAAAUUCAUUAAACGAUAUAAUUUAGCCAGCAAACUUGUUUCAGGUGAUGCAACAUCAGAUGAUACAGAGACAACUCGGCGUUAUAUUGAAGAAAUUUAUAAAAUGAUGAAUGAGGGUGGAUAUUUACCGUGUCAAGUUUUUAAUGCAGUUGAAACAGCCCUUUAUUGGAAAAAGAUGCCUGAAAAAAGUUACGUAGCGAAAGAAGAGGCCAUGACGACGGGUUUUAAAGACGCUAAAGACCGUGUGUCUCUGUUGUUCUGUUGUAACGGUUCUGGUGAUUUUAAAGCUAAACCACUGCUUAUACAUCGUUCUGCCCGGCCUCGUCCUUUCCAGAACAUUAGCAUGUUAACUCUCCCUGUGCACUGGCGUGCUAAUAAAAAUGGGUGGAUGACUAAAGGGGUUUUUGAAGAGUGGUUCAUGACCCACUUCCGCGCUGAAGUGAAAGAAUACUGUGCCACGAAGAAUAUUUCUUUUAAAGCAAUUCUUGUGUUAGACAAUUGUCCUGGCUAUUCUACAAACUUAAAUGACAUUCAGAAUGAAAUCAAAGUGAUUUAUUUACCGCCUAACACUCAGUCAUUGCUGCAACCUAUGAACCAAGAAGUGAUGGCCACAUUUAAGCUUUUCUAUCUUGACCAUACCUUUGAGGAUAUACACAAGGCACUGGUGGACGAUGAGGAACUGACUGUACGGCAAUACUGGAAACGAUUCAACAUUCUACACGGUGUUCGCUUCAUUGGCAAGGCUUGGCAAGCUGUAACUCAAGGAUGUCUUUUGAAUGGAUGGCGCAACUUAUUGCCUGACACAACUCCAGACUUCGUUGGGUUUGAAGAGGAUAACAUGACUCGAGUUCUAAACAUGGCAAAAGCAUUACCUGGGGAUGGUUUUCAAGACCUCAAUGAAAAUGACAUCUGGAAUAUGAUGGAAUCUCCUGAGCGAGAAUUAAAUGACACAGAGGUGUUGGAAUUAGUCGACAAAAAACAAAAUGACAUAGGCACAGAGGACGAUGACGGCGACUGUGUAGAAUCUAGUCCAACAUUAACCAUGUCAAACCUAAAAAAAAUAAUGUCCUACUAUGAGCAGUUGACUCAACUCAUACAGGAAGCAGAUCCAAGUUUUGAGAGAAAAGAAUCUGUAACUGCCAUUCUAGAUCGUGGCAUUGCACCCUACAAAGAAAUUUAUAGGGAACGACAGGCAUUAAAUAAGCAGUCGAUGAUAACUCCUCUCUUUGGCAGUUUUUCUGGUUCUCCAGCACCGCAGAAAGAAGAGCCGGUAUCCAGCCGUUAUGGAGCUCUCACUAUUAGGUCUUCUACACCUCGUAUCCAAGUCAAUAACAUUGACCCUGACUCUAAACCAGACUUCUCAGGCAUUCUCUCUCUACCACAAUCAGCUCCAACAAAUAACGAUGACAACACAGAAGAUGAAGAUGACGAUCCCAACCUCGUCUAACUCCAGCACACCUUCCUACAUUACACUAACUCAGUGGAAUCCAAUAUCGUAUGACAUGGCGACGAAAAGCGCACCACCACCACUCAAGCAUCUAUAUCAUCUUUUAACGACAAAUUGAAAUUGUGAUGAAGAACAGAUAUAAGCCUCUUUUUUAUUACUGGAGUAAGUAAUUACUAAUAACAGAUUAUCUGUAAGAUUUUCCUACUUUACCGUACAAGAUGAUUUAUAUAUUUUGAUUAAACUUACACUACAUAGGAGUUUGUGGUAACUUCAAAUCUCAACAAGGGUCACAGUUGAGUGAAAUAAUAGCAGAAGAAAUAUUUGUUAAGAAUAAAAUAUAAAACCAAAACUAACAGAACCAUUUGAACAUUGUGGUGAGGAUCAGAAAA